UCUCCAGUAGGCCCCUGCGCUUCGUUGCGAGAGGACGGCGCUUGCGCAUCUCACAACAAAUAUACAUAUCUAGGUCGCACUCAUGUGAUAGUUCCCAUUUCUCUUUUCCUUUUUUUUUUAUGAGAAACAGUGCUCAGUGAUCGUACGAUUUUUAAUAUAACGGUUCCACGUCUUAAGUUAUCCGAUUAUGCAUAUGUGAUUCAUAAAUCAGUUUGUGCUAAAAAAAAUAAUUUAAUCCCAUGUGAGAUGUGAUAUUGGAGUGUUGUAUUAAGGCUUUUUUAAUAUCGUAUACAGUCCGCUGGCGUUUCUAAGAAGCGUUGAAUUGAUUUUUGUGAAUGAGUCAGCUAACAGGCGUCGGUAUUGUUAACUUCGUCAACGUGCUGCCCACGAUAUCUGAAGGCGUGACAAUGAGAGAAAAACGCGGAGGUGCCAUGAGCAAAAUGCAGAAGCUCAGAAAAAGAUUGUCCCUGAGCUUUGGUAGAUUGUCAACGAAAGACGAAUCAGAAGUUGACAUCGAGUGCCGUGGAAGGCAGAACGGCGGCGGUGGCGCUCGCGGUAAACUGCCGUACAACGGUUACUCAGAAGAGUGUCUAGAUAGACUCGAACCCAAUGGAAAUAUACCAAACGAUAAGGACUCCCAUUAUGAUUGGAGCGGCGGUGGUAACGGUGAGUAUCGUGUUCGGAGACAGCUCUCUGUGUCAUCUGACUCCAAGCUGUUAGACGAGGGAGCCCGGGAGGACGCGAGGGUAGUCAUGAGGCCUAAGCGACCGCCGAGGCCUAAGUCCGAGGCUUUCUUAGGACCACAAGAGAAUUCCAAUCGACGUACCAAGCGGUUUAGUGCCUUCGGGGGUGACUCUCCUUUUGGGAAGUCUGAGGCGUAUAUAAAAUUGGAGCAACUCGGUGAGGGAUCUUAUGCUACAGUCUAUAAAGGAUAUAGCAAUUUAACACAACAAGUUGUGGCCUUGAAAGAGAUCAGGCUUCAGGAAGAGGAAGGCGCUCCUUUCACAGCGAUAAGAGAAGCUUCCUUACUCAAAGAGUUGAAACACGCUAACAUAGUCACGUUACACGACAUUGUGCACACCAGGGAGACAUUAACGUUUGUGUUCGAAUUUGUGGACACAGAUCUAUCUCAGUACAUGGAGCGACAUCCCGGUGGACUUAACAGGCACAAUGUGAGAUUAUUUAUGUAUCAAUUGUUGAGAGGACUCGCGUACUGCCAUCGAAGGAGAGUACUGCACAGAGAUGUGAAGCCACAGAAUCUCCUGAUCAGUUCGAGUGGUGAACUCAAGUUGGCUGACUUCGGUUUGGCUCGAGCCAAGUCCGUACCGAGUCACACGUACUCACACGAAGUAGUCACCCUCUGGUACAGGCCGCCAGACGUGUUGCUCGGUAGUACUGAGUACUCCACCUCGCUGGACAUGUGGGGUGUGGGAUGUAUCUUCGUCGAGAUGCUCUGCGGCGUGCCAACCUUCCCUGGAGUAAGAGACACUAACGACCAGCUUGACAAAAUAUUCAAGGUCAUCGGCACUCCAACGGAAGAAUCAUGGUCAGGCGUGACUCGUCUGCCUGGGCUGUCUACACACGUGUCCAGGUGGGGCGCUGUGCCUUCUCGACCGCUGGCUGCUUCAUUUCCGCGUCUGCGGGACGCCGGUCGCGACGCUCAGCGGCUGGCAGCGGCCUUACUCCAGCCAGAUCCAGCCCGUAGACUGCCAGCACACCGCGCUCUCGCUCAUGAUUACUUCAAUUGUCUGCCAGCACGACUCGCCAGUCUGCCGGACGAGGUGUCUAUCUUCACAGUGGAGGGAGUCUGCCUUCAUCCUGAGGACUAGGGCCAUUAAACUUAGUUAGUACCUCUCAAUUCCUAUAGCUGUAAGUCGGAAUGAAUCCACGUGACCCUUAUUACUCCCCCCCACCAAACUAUUCCCCCCUCCUAGUUUAAUUCGAGCUAAUCGAGAUCCUCCAUCCGUCGGUUUCGACCCCUAGCGCUUGUUAAGCUUUUAAUAUCCAUCCAUAUUUCAAUUAUUCUAUGGUGACAAGGUAUACUGAUAGAUGGGAGCCGUAUAGCUGUGUGCCAUGUGUCCGUGAAAUGGACGUUAUAAAAAAAAAAUUGUCUAUGCUAUACGCCGAUAAUUUUUGGUGAAAUGUUUUUUAAAGAAUUAUUUAUAUUUAAUACGGUAUAGUCUAAACUCUAACAGCCUGUAUUAUAAAAUCCGUUUGACGUAAUGUUAAGUUAAAAACUUGCCGAACAAAUUGAUUUCAACGAAGACGAUAUUUUGCUAUAGCUUUUAUUUCCUAGCCGUAGACGAUAUAAUUCAUACGUGUAACGAUCGAUUAUUUUUUAAUACAUGCCUUUAUAUUAACGGAUUGGCGUUUGUUUUAUCGGACAGCGGUGUGAAUUGAUUACGACAGAUCUCAAGUUUAUUAAGUGUGGGACCGUCCUUAUGUAAAUUAUAAUAAUAGGUUCAAAAUAAAAUAUAUAAUAAUUAAUUGGAAUUAGUAUAAAGCUAGUUGUCUAGCGUCGAUGUACCAGUUAGAGAAAACGUUAGUGGUCCCUCACGUAACUUAGCAUGGUGUAGACGCCGGCGCAUUGGCAACUCGGUUUUAUAAAAAAAAUACUUAAUAACAUUACGAACUACUACAUAGAAAAUGUUGGGUUCAAUUCCAAGCGCAUUAAAUACCCACUAACAAUAAGAUCGUGUAUUCUGUACUACGUAGUCAUAUGCUUUCAAUUCGCUGGGAAUAUAAUAUCAUUGAUGACGAAGUAAUUAGUUUCGAGAUUUUACCGAUUCGCCAGAUCUAAGCAUCACAUUCAAUGUUAAACCUAAGUUAUAUAGUGUGAUUGUUGUACAAAGAUCGGAUGCUUUUCACUGCCAUUUUAAAAGACACAGGUCGAGGCAGCGAGUUGUCAGUGUGCGGCUCAUAGCGUAUUAUAAUAGUUUAGAGUAGUGAAUACAGAGCUUUAGAAACAUUUACAAUCAACUCAGAACGUCACUCGUUACUUCAAUAGUAUGUCGCUAUUGUCGCGUUACGCGCGUCACGUGACGAGGUCGAGUUACGUUUUGAGUAUUUUAGUAUUAGUUUAAUCUAAUUCGGCUCCAAACACCAAAUUAGUUAAUAUAUUGUAUAGAGAAACGCAAUACUUUCAGUGUACAUGGUUUGUUGAGUUUUAUCUGUGUGUAGUUAUGUGGAAUCACCCGUUGAGUGAGGCACGCCGUGCUAUGUUACUUGUAUAUCCUAGUACGAGUUUCAUGUUUAACCGCAACCAUGAAAGUUUUCAUGUUAGUCGUUAGAUUUUUAAUACUCACGUAACGUGAGACGUAUGGCCCUAAAUGCUAAACGAUGACUGUUAUAGUCAUAGUUAAAUAUUAAACUCGUAAUAAGGAUUCAGCAUUUAAACGAAGGUUUCUUUACACUUGCUUUACAAAUCAAUAUGUGAAAGUAAUUAUUCUCAAUCAAUAAAAUUUACACGAUUCAUUAUACGUUACAAGUCAUUAUUUUCGUUAUAUGUCCGUGUAGAGUGAGUGUUAGGAAGGCGAUAUCAUCGCUGGUGUGAUUGCAUUUUUUAAAUGAAGUACUGAUUUUAUGACAUUUGGUUAUCGUUUGUACGGAGGCUGUAUGUAGUUGCUAUUGUUUCUUUAUAUAUUAUUUUCUUCAAUAUUUCAACACUUCUCAUAUUAACCUACAUCCGGCUCAAAGGCAAGCAUUUACGGAAAUAUGCAAUGUUUGUUUUGUCUAAACCAAUAUAAAUUUGUCACAAUUUUGCAUAAUUUUGUUGAAUGUUGUCAGUCUUUAAGAUUGCGAAACAUUGUAUAAGACAUACAUACAGAUAAAGUUAUAUAUGAGUUGCGAAUUUUAACUUUGAUAUAUGAAAUAACGUAGACAAGCGAACACGUGAGUUUGAGUUAUAUUUUAGUGAUGUAUUAGAAUAUUUAUAGUUUUUAUCGUUUUUAUUAUGUUUCCUAUCGACUUUCUUAUGCUUACUCCAAGAUUGCAUCGUGACUAUAUACGAAGCGUUUUCCGUUUUUCACUAAAUAAAAUACGUUAAUACUGUAUUGUGCGAAGAUUUAUAUAUGAUAAACUGUUAACGCUCCGUAUGUAGUUAACAUGCGAACUUAGAGUAAGCAUAGUGUUGUCGGUUUAUUAAUAUUGUAAACGUGCUUCUAAUCAUUUGAAAGAAUGUAAAUAUGAUAUUUGAACUGAUAAUAAUAAAAUUUUUAUUUCUUAAUGA